AUGCCAUGGAUGAGCGAUCUGAUGCCUAAUGCCGAAAAAUCACAUUACGCAGGUGCAGAGGAAGAGUUGCUGGCGCAAGCGCCGUUAUCGCGAGGUCGUCUGGGGGAGAGCCGCUGUGUGGCUCACCGGCCGAUUUCUCUGAUGUGCAGCUCAACGAUCCGGAAUAAACAGGAACAUCUGGAAGCGCAGCGCACCGAGCCAUCGGGCGACACUGAUUAUCCGAACCUCGAUCGGAUGCGAUCCUCGCUGCUGCUGCUGCUGCUAAAAGCAGUCGAGAGAGUUCUAGCUCUAACUGCUUAUUAA